UGGAGCGGUGACUGGACGACCUACGCGGGCUAGUCGUUCAGGUCCAAACUCCAGCUGCAGACUGGAGAGAGGCAUGGCUCCGCAGUGUGUUUGCGUGCUGGCCCUGGCGGCUGUGCUGCUGCUGGGUAUCUCCACAAUGUCCAGAUCGAAGGGCCUGGGGGGCCAGAAGCAUCAGAGGGCGUCGCAAAUCCCUUCUCAGUUCAGCCAAGGCGAGCGCGUUGCGAUGAAGGAAGCGCUGAAAGGUGCCAUCCACAUUCCAACAGUGUCUUUUGGCCCCAAGGAGUUAAACACAACAGCCCUGGCCGAGUUUGGAGAAUACAUUCGUUCAGUCUUUCCUACAGUUUUCAAAACCAGCUUUGUCCAGCAUGAAGUCAUAGGAGAGUACAGUCACCUGUUCACCGUCCAAGGCUCAGAUCCCAGCCUGCAGCCCUACAUGCUUCUGGCUCACAGUGAUGUGGUGCCUGCCCCUGACGAAGGAUGGGAGGUGCCCCCCUUCUCUGGGUUGGAGCGUGAUGGCUUUAUCCAUGGCCGAGGCACACUGGACAACAAGAACUCUGUAAUGGCAAUCCUGCAGGCCCUGGAGCUCCUGCUUCUCAGAAACUACAUCCCCCGAAGAUCUUUCUUCAUUGCUCUGGGCCAUGAUGAGGAGAUCUCAGGCCACAAUGGGGCUCAGAAGAUUUCAGCCCUGCUACAGGCAAGGGGUGUCCAGCUGGCCUUCAUUGUGGACGAGGGUAACUUCAUCUUGGAUGGUUUCAUUCCCAACCUCAAGAAGCCCUUUGCCAUCAUUGCAGUCACAGAGAAGGGUGCAAUUAAUCUCAUGCUGCAAGUAAACAUGACUCCAGGCCACUCUUCAGCUCCUCCAAAGGAGACGAGCAUUGGUAUCCUCGCAGCCGCCGUCAGCCGACUGGAGCAGACACCAAUGCCGAACAUGUUUGGAAGCGGACUACUGAAAAUGACAUUGCAGGAACUGGCACAUGAGUUUCCCUUCCCUACCAAUAUAAUCUUGAGCAACCUGUGGCUAUUUGGGCCCCUUGUAAGCAGGUUAAUAGAGAGGAAUUACAUAACCAAUGCACUGGUCAGGACCACCACGGCACUCACCAUGUUCAAUGCAGGAGUCAAGGUGAAUGUCAUCCCCCCAGUGGCCCAGGCCAUAAUCAACUUCCGGGUUGACCCUGCACAGACAGUCCAGGAGGUCCUAGAACGCGUCAAGAACAUUGUGGCUGAUAACAGGGUCCAGUUCCACGUGUUGAGUGCCAUUGACCCCCUACCUGUCAGCCCCUCUGACCAUCAGGCCUUGGGCUACCAGCUGCUCCACCAGACCAUACGGUCUGUCUUCCCGGAAGUCAACAUUGUUGCCCCAGGUGUUUGUAUCGGCAACACAGACAGCAGACACUAUACAAACCUCACCACCGGCAUCUACCGGUUCAACCCCCUCUACCUGAAUCCUCAGAGCUUCCGGAGCAUCCACGGCAUCAAUGAGAAAAUCUCAGUCCGCGCCUACGAGACCCAGGUGAAAUUCAUCUUUGAGUUUAUCCAGAAUGCUGACACAGACCAGGAGUCAGUUCCUCACCUGCACGAACUGUGAGGUCAAGGAGCCAGCUGGAUUAGGGGUGCCCGACCUCAGCCGAGGCUAACUCAAGGGCAAAGCUAAUGUCGAUGAAACUUCGGGUCAAAACCACAUUAUGAUACAUCACCCUCUUGCCUUGAUCACUCCGGAUUCACCAAAGAACAGGCCAAGGAGUAGGGAAGGGCCAGCAGAAAUCUGGCUUCUCCCUUCCUCUGAACAUCUGCAUCCCUAGGCUGACCAGUGCUUGCUUACUGCCUUCUUGUCCCCGUCUUAGAGGUUACCCGGCUUGUUUGUCUUGCGCUGGUUAUUUAACCACCCCUUAUUAAGGCCAGACUUAACAAAUGCAGAUUUGGGAAAAUCUCAAGCAGGUUUUACCUUCUAGAGAUGUUUAAUUUAGGGCAUGCUUGCCAGGCUGCCUUCUCCGUUGCUUAUCUAUUUCUUUUGGCUGUAACUUCCUUUCUCUCCCCGCACCUCCCUUGGAUUUUUUAGCUGGCUUUUCAUCUCUCCUCUCCUGCCCCUGCAUCCCUUCUCCUGCCCUCCAAUUUAUCCUACAUCUGGAGCAGAACUUAGUCAACUGUGAUACCACUGUAAUCACUACAACAACUAGUCAAAUAACGUGAGCUGUGCGGCGUGAAGCGGUCAACGAGGGGUGGCACGGAGGCAGGGGGGCUUUGGAGGAACCCCCAGCCUCCCGGUUCUGGAGGCUGGAGCCUAGAGAAAAAAGCCUCUGUCCUUGGGCUCCUCCCAAGGGCUCCCUGGGCUUUGCUCCCUCCCUUGCCCUGUUCCCACCACCUGCUUCUGCCUCACCCCAGGAGGCACUAAUCUGUGGAAACAUUUCCCUGGCACUUCCUAUGGGCUGAGCUCCCAAGAGAAGGGCACUCGUGAUCCCGCCUCUCAGUGGAGCCCAGGACCAGCAGGGCUCCGGCCCUGGCAUCUGGUCCUGGUUCUGACCUGUCAAAGGGAAGGAGAAGGGCAUGGGGUGGGGGGGAGCCAGGAGGAGCCUGACUUGAGGGUCUCUGCCCCAGGCGGCGGGCAGAGAAGGAGCAAGCUGCACUCCCUUAGGGAACAGCAAGGCUCCUGUCUUCUCUCUGCGGAGUCCGACCCUGAGCAUAUUGGAAUCUGCUUAGUAGCUGCCAGGUAGGGGGCAUUGGAAGGCAGCAUUUCUUGGCUCCAAGCUGGGAGCUGAGUUUUGUGGGUCACUAGGGAGUUGGGGUCAGAGAGCGAGACGCAGAGGGAGCAGGGACUUGAGAGACUCCAUUUUUCCUCACCAGACAAAGGCCUUUCCCGCCUUCCUGGGGUUUGACAGCCAUGGCUGUGAGCUCUCCCUUGAAGUUUAGGCUUAAUGGAAAGUGUUAGAAACACAGUGUGAGGAUUAUUUGAGCUUUUUUGCUACUCCCCCUAAGAUUCACAUUCCUUCCCUCACCCUCCCUUUUUGUUGCCAAUUCAGUACUUAUUCAGCCUUUGUUGGAGGGUGAGCUGGAGAAUAGAAAUAAUCCUUCACAUUCAUACAGAGCUGUACAAAGUGCUCCCGUCCACCUGAUUUCGGCAGAGCCCCAUGAGGAAAAUAUUACUGCCCCUUCUUACAGAGCAGGAAUUGGUUCUCAGACUGGUUACACAGCCAGCUAGGGGCAGAUUCAAACCCGUGUCACCUGGCCCCAGAUGCACCAUUUUUCCAUGAUCCUAAAUUAAUGAUGGAAUCUACUUCCCAUCCGUUCUCUGACUCAAUCCCGACAACAGCUCCAAGGGGCUAUUGCCCCUGUUUUACAGAUGAGGCAACUGAGACUCAGAGGUUAAGCACUUUGCCCAAGGUCAUGCAGGUGUUGGGAGCAGAGUCUCUCUGAGUCCAAAGCCUGUGCUAGUAGUACUGAAGGGGAAACUGAGACUCAGAGAAGUCAUCUGCCCAAGAUCACACAGUUCUUAAGGGGCAGCCGUGGAAUUCAAAUGCCAGUCUAAAAUCCCCAAGUCCAGUGCCUUUUCAAUCAUACCACGUUGCCCGUCCCAAGAACCUGUGGUGUGUGGCUCAUUCAUUCCGAUCCAGGGGGAUCUCAAGGACAAAGGCUGUUUUACCAUGGGCUUUGAUUCGUAGCUCAAGCUCUCUGUGUUCCCCUGGCCGACCUCACUCUAUUCACACCUCUUCCCUCUGUCUGCCAACACUCCUUACCACCCCCACCCCAGCUUCUGAGUUGGGCUCCUCUCCCUUCUUUGAGUUUAGGGACAGCUAGGUCUCUAAUAACCCAUGGGAUAAUCGGAAGGAGAAUGAGCAGGGGACCUGGUCCCCAUUGGAUCGCACCACUCUCUUCUAGUGUCAGAAAGGAUAGUCUUUUCCAGCGUCUGGAGUGGGAAGGAAGACCCUUGAGAGGGAACUGCUCCAAAUCCUGGUUCUGAGAACGCAAACCUUCCAGCCCUAUGGCCCCCAAAGGCUUCUGGAAAGAAUGAAAAUGCUGGCCAGACCAGGACAACGUGAGCUCUAAGACUCUGGGCAGGAAGGAGCAAUGAAUCUGAAACUUUCCCCCACCCCUCCCCACAUCCAGCUACCACUCCCAAAAUCCUCCUGGAAGGAACCUCGGCGAUAAUCACAGGAAUACCCUACAUCCCCAUCCAAGACUUCACUCAAGCUUCUUACUCAUACCUCAGGUUGGAAAGAAGGCAAAAUCUUCCCAAGCAAAGAGGAUGGGAUGGGAGUCCCUUGAUGUUGCCCCAGGUUGCUAAAAAAUGUGGCCAUUCUGGAUCCAAUAUCCUCUCCUUCUGGAGGAGAUAGUAGAAAAAGACAAAGUUCCUACUGGAGAACUGAACACUUCAUUAGUCUGUUUGGGUUUUUUUUGAAAAUUUAAGUGUACAUAAUUUUAUAAAAAUGAAACUACCUGCAAUUUCACGGUUCAGUGUCCAUGCAGCUGCCAAUAAAAAGGAUAAGCAUCAUGCUUCAUAUAUGUGACGUCUAGACCUACAAAUAUAAAGAUGUAAGGAUAAUAGAAAGCGUUUAAUACCCAAAAAUAUUCCUCAGCCACCAUGUGCCAUGCUGUAAAUACUACACUAAUUCGUGACAACCCCCAGAAUCAGAAACUAGAACUCAAAGAGGAGCGAGAAAAUGGACAGUCAGCCCUGCUGAGAAAUAGCAUGUUGUACAGGGAUCCAUCGCAGUCGUGCUGAGAGGAAGGAUUUGACAAGUCGAUUUUCCUUUCUCUUAGCUAAGCACUUUGACAACUCAGUUCCUCCCUGCACGCCAAAGCCAUGUCUGUCUCUAAAGUUCACAGUGACAAAACCUAUACAUCCUCAGGGUGUUCUUUUUUUUUUUCUUUUUGAAGACAUAGGGCAAGCUCUGUAGAAAAGUGUCGCGCUGGGGCCUGAACUGAACUGUGUUAGUCUCAGGACCAUGUGUGUACGGUGACAAGUUGCCCUGUGCCAGCACUGAGUGCUGAAACCCGAGUGACCGAAACACUGGGUUUCUGGGGGUUUUCGCAGCUUUCAUUAUUUCGUUGUGUCCUCAAAAAGUCAAACAUAGAGUUACCAUAGGACCCAGCAAGUCCACUCCUAUUUAUAUACCCAAAAGAACUGAAAACAAGUACUCAAAAGUUUGAGUACUCGUAGCUUCACUCUUCAUAAUAGUCAAAAGAUAGAAACCACCCAAAUGUCCAUGAACAGAUGAGUGGAUAAACAAAAUCUGUUAUAUCCAUGCUAUGAACGAUUAUUCAACCAUAAAAAAAGGGAUGAAAUACUGAUCCAUGCUAUAACAUGGAUAAACCUUGAAAACGUUACACUGAACGAAAGAGGUCAGACACAAAAGGGUCACAUAUUGCAUGGACCCAUUUAUAUGAAAUGUCCAGAAUAGGGAAAUCCACAGAGACAGAAAGCAGACUAGUAGAGCGGGGGAGAGGGGAGUAACUUCAUGGGUAAAAGGUUUCCUCCGGGGGUGGGGGGAGGAAGGGGUGAGGAAAGUGCCCUGGAACUAAAUAAAGUUGGUGGUUGCACAGCGUUGUGAGGGUACUAAAUGCCAAUGGAUUGUGUGCUUAAUUUUUGCAUGUAAAUGUUACAUCAACAAAAAAUGUUUGAGGUAUUUAGGAGGUGGAGUCCAUGCAUGGCCCUUGGUGGUUGAUGGGUAGGGGGGAGGCAAGGUAGAGCAAGGGGUCCAGACGACUCCCAGGUGGCUGACAUGAGCAAAUGGGAGGGCGGCUUCAUUUACCCAACCGGGGAAGACUGCAAAAGGAGCAGAUAUCCAGGAGAUGACAAGCUCCAUUUGGGAUGUAACAAGCUGGACGUGCCAAGAGAUCCAAGCCUGGAACUCAGAAGAAAAUAAACCUGAACAGUAAGAAAAUAAACAACCUGAAUAAAAAUUGGGCCAAAGACCUUAACAGACACCUCGCCAAAGAAGACAUGUGGAUGGAAAAUAAGCAUGUGAAAAGAUGCUCCCUAUAUGUCAUCGAGGAAACGCAAAUUAAAAGAAGAAGAUACCAGGGCACCUGGGUGGCUCUGUCGGGUUGGUGGGUUGGGCGUCUGACUUCCCCUCAGUUCAUGAUCUCACUGUUCUUGAGUUCGAGCCCCAUAUUAGGCUCUGUGCUGACAGCUCACAGCUCAGAGCCUGGAGCCUGCUUCAGAUUCUGUCUCCCAUCUUUCUGCCCCUCCCCUGCUCACAGUCUCUCUCUCUCUCUCUCUCUCUCUCUCUCUCUCUCUCAAAUAUAAAUAGCAUUAAAAUUUUUUUUAAACAUUAAAAGAACGAGAAACCAGUACAUACCUAUUAGGACGGUCAGAACGCAGAACACUGACAACACAGGUGCUGAAGAGGAUGUGGGCCAACAGCCACUCUCUUCCAUCGUUGGUGGGAAAACAGAACUACAGCAACUCUGGAAAACAGUCUGGCAGUUUCUCACAAAACUCUUACCGUAUGACCCACCAAGUGCACUCCUUGGUAUUUACCCGAAAACGUUUAUCUACACAAAAACCUGUUUCGUAAUUGGCGAAACUCGGAAGCAAAGAAGAUGUCCUUUAGCAGGCGAACGGACAAACCGUGGCCUAGCCACACGAUGGAAUAUCAUUCAGCACUAAAAAGAAAUGAGCUAUCGAGCCAUAAAAAGACCCGGAGGAAGCUGAAAUGCGUAUCACCCAGUGAAAGAAGCCAAUCUGAAAAGUCUACAUACUCUAUGAUUCUAACUACAUGACAUUCUGGAAAAGGCAAAACUAGAGAGACAAUAGAAAGAUCACUGGUAGUGGGGAGGGGGUGUUAUGGGCAGGCAGAACUCAGAGGAUCGGUAGGGCAGUGAAAACACGCUACAUGAUAUUCUAAUGAUAAAUAUAUCAUUAGGGGCUCAGUCGGUUGAGUGUCAGACUUUGGCUCCGGUCAUGAUCUCAUGGUUCAUGAGUUCGAACCCCGCGUUGAGCACCGAGUCAGGCUUGCUGUCAGUGCAGAGCCUGCUUCAGAUCCUCUGUCCCCUCCUCUCUCGGCCCCCCUCCAAAAUAAACAUUAAAAAAAACAUACCAUUAAACAUUUGUCUAAACCCAUAGAGUGUGCAACACCAGGAGUGAACCUCAAGGUAAACUAUGGGUGAUGACAACGUGUCAAUAUCGGUUCAUCCUUGGUAAAAAAUGCACCACCCUGGUGGGGCACCUGGGUGGCUCAGUUAAGCGACCGAUUUCAGCUCAGGUCAUGAUCUCACGGUUUGUGAGUUCGAGCCCCAUGUCGGGCUCUGCGCUGACAGCUCAGAGCCUGGAGCCCAUUUCGGAUUCUGUGUCUCCCUCUCUCUCUGCCCCUCCCCCACUCAUGCUCAGUCUCUCUCUUUCCUUCCAAAAUAAAUAAACAUUAAAACAAAGAAAAAUUUUUUUAAAAAAUGUACCACUCUGGUCAAUGGUAUUGAUGAAGGGGGAAGCUAUGUAUGUAUGGGGGCAGGGGAUUUAUGGGAAGGCUCUGUACCUUUCUUUCAUGUUAUUGUAAAGCUAAAGCUACUCCUAAAAAAAAAAAAACUGUCUUUUUAAAAAAUUAGAAUGUGUCCGCAAACAGAAAUUUUAAACGUACUAUAAGGCAUUAAAAAUUAGUAUAAAUUUUAAAAUAUAAA